AUAUAAGUGUGACUGUAGUGUGGUUGCAAUAUUUCAGCAGUCAGGUGUUGAGAGACGGAGGAGGAAGCAGAAGACAUCGGAAAACAAGAACCAACUGACACAAAUGUUGCUGUGGAUGACCAUCGCCUUUUGCUGGAUGACAGUGGGCCUGGCGUGCAGCUGCGGACGACAAGGAGACAGAGCCUACUGUCGGUAUGAUGUCGUGUUUCGCGGACGACCCGUGGCCGAGCACAUGGUGGAGACGGGACCCUUCGACUUUAACGGAGUGAGGACCUACACUGUUGAGGUCGACGAAAUCUUCCGGUCAAAGAACAGGUCGGUUGGACUGACAACAGUUAAUGUCACUACCCCAAAUAAUGAUGGGAUGUGUGGUGUUGUGUUUACUUUGAACACAGCCUACGUCAUUGUUGCCAACAACGGCUUUAACGGUUUAGAGACUUACUUGUGCGAUGGAAGCCGCGGAUGGAACAGUCUAAGUGAUCAACGGAAGACCUUUCUCUCAACGACCAUGCGAGAUGUCUGUAACAGAGCGAGCAAAGUAACUCCGGCAUCACCUGGCUUCUCCAGACUGUAGCCAUUGUAUCACGUGACAGCAGCGACCUGUUAGAUGCCAGACUGAAUUAUUCUUUUUUUUUACUAUUAAUGGUUGUUGUUAGUGUUGUCCUGUUUUAUGCAUACUUUUUGAAAAUCCGAAUCUACGAUGUUUUUAUUUCACCGGAAACAAGAAAAUGCAGAAGUUUCGGUUUUGUGAUUUAGAAUUUCUUGACAGUCAUUCGUGUCUCCUGAAGAAAGCCUGUUAAAUUUAUUAGUUUUCUAACUUUUAAUAAUUGUGAAAUACUUACAUUGUUUUAAUUCAAGCAAACGCAUAGGUAUAUACAAAAUACUCAAAUUCAAACUUUUUAAAUUAGAUUUUAAAACCUUAUUUCUCAAGUUUUAACCAUGUCAGAAAUUGAGAUGUGAAACCCCAAGAUAUGCUUUUGAAAUAUUCUCAACUAAAGGGUAUUGAUAUAUUUUGGACAUCUGAUAGGUUGUUACAAAGCUGUUACAUUGCUACCAAACGUGCAAACUUUCUCUACCCGAGAGACUUGACGUGAAAAGGGCGAUAAACGUGCUCGCGGUGGUGUCGCUCGCUUACCUCCCCUACCCUCUCCACGCUCUGUAUCUCUUGGUGUGUCUAAACUUACUAGCAGGGCUUCUGCUUACGCAAACAAUUGCGUACAGUACGCAUUAAAAGUUCGGAGGACCCCUUCAAUUUUCGUCAAUGGGGUCCCAGGGACCCCUUCAAAUUUGGGCGAAGAACAGACACAAAAUUGGGUAACUGUAGUGUCUGACAUAGCAGCCCAAUCUAUUGUCGUCUGCUACAAGGUGAGAGUCACUUCCCUUGCACUGAGUUUUUUCCCUUACUGGAAAGAGUUCCAAGGUGUCGUUGACAGCGUGGUUAAAAUCAUCGUCUCAGAAACGGAAAGAAAGUGAGCACCCCAAGUUCAGUGAGCAUAAUCUUAUCACAGAUGCUUGCACAGACUUCAUGGCACAGAAAUCUCUCCGUUUCUGACAAGACAUUACAGGGCUUUGUGUGUCUGAAAGGCAGUUGAACAAAGAAGUUGAUUUGUUGGGGGUUUUUUUCAACUUUGUAAAAGGACCCCUAGAGUUAGCCUGGGACCUCUUAGAAAUCUGAAGAAGGGGACCCUGGGACCCCAAAGAAUUUAGCCUUAGCAGAAGCCCUGUUACUAGGUUGUCUAAGUUUGCUAUUCGUAAUAAAGGAACCCUCCAAUUUAUUCA